UAUCCCAUAGAUCCUCAGAGGUCUCUAAGCUAAAUAAUAAUGAAAGCAGUCAUUCUAAUUAUCGUCCUAGUGGCAGUUGUCCAAGCAACUAGUCUUAAAGACAUUCUUAAGGCUGAGUUUAACGCCUUCAAAUUGAAGCACCACAAAACCUACCAGGAUGCUAGUGAGGAGUUGAAGCGCCUUCAGAUAUUCGUGGAAAACAAGAAACUGAUCGACACUCACAACAAACGCUAUGUGGCCGGAGAGGAGUCUUACGAGAUGGGUGUGAAUAAAUUUUCUGAUAUGACUCCCGAGGAAUUCAAAACGCUUGUGCUCACAAACCUCAAUCCUGCUGACUCCCAGGAGGGAAUCGACUAUAUUUACAAUCCUUCUAGCUACGUUAACCUACCAAGUAGCGUUGAUUGGCGUGAUUGGGGCGCUGUUAACCCAGUUAAAAUCAAGGAUCCUGUGCCUCCUGUUGGGCUUUCUCUGCAGUUGGCUCACUCGAAAGUCACCAAACAAUAUUGGAUCAAAAUCUCUGCUGUUAUACAAAUUGCUAGUGGAAAUGAAGCCGCAUUGGCAUCCGCCGUCGCCAAUAAGGGACCCAUCUCGGUGUGUGUCGACGCCUCCCUGUUCCAAUAUUACCAAAGUGGCGUCUUAAAUGAACCGUCGUGCUCUCAAUCUGUAGACCAUUGUGUAGUUAUCGAUGGAUACGGCACCGAUUCAGUUGGAGGAGAUUAUUGGUUGGUGAGGAAUUCUUGGGGGGAGAAUUGGGGAGAAAAGGGAUAUAUUCGCAUGGCUCGCAAUCGCAAUAAUCAAUGUGCUAUUGCCAGUUAUGCAAUUUAUCCUUUAGUUUAAUGAACAUAUUUGUAU